GCUGCAGCUCCUGUUGAGUGCUCCUGCUGCGCAGGUGCGGCGGCUCUACUGCUAGAUGCAGCAGCAGCAGUUUGAAGCCCAGAAGCGGUUGCAGGUGUGCUCAUUGGCAUCGCGGAGCCUGCCAGGAAUGAUGAGACUGCUUGUAACCCUAAUUCUCAUCGGAGUGCUUGCCACUCUGACGAGACCAGUGCGUGUCAUCUGAUGCCGAUAGAGCGCUGCCGCUCCAGGCAAGCGCUUAUGCUUUGCAGAUGCGUUGGCAUUGCCGCUGGACGCAGCAGCUGCUCGGAGCCGAGAAGCCGGUGCAGGUUUGCUCAUGGGUACCGCGGAGCCUGCUAGGAAUGAUGAGAUUUGCUUGAAAGCCUAAUUCUCAUCGGACUGCUUGUCACUCAGACGAAACCAGUGCGUGCCAUCUGAUAUCGAUAGAGCGCUGCCGCCCCAGUCGAGUUCUCAUGCUUUACAGAGUCGUUGGCAUUGCCGCUGGAUGCAGCAGCUGUUUGGAGCCCAGAAGCCGUUGCAGGUGUGCUCAUUGGCAUCGCGGAGCCUGCCAGGAAUGAUGAGACUGCUUGAAAUCCUAAUUCUCAUCGGAGUGUUUGUCGCUCUGACGAAACCAGUGCGUGUCAUCUGAUGCCCACAGAGCGCUGCAGCUCCAGUCAAGUGCUCAUGCUCUGCAGACGCGUUGGAUUGCCGCUGGAUGCAGCAGCAGCAGCAGCAGCAGCAGCUUGGAGCCCAGAAGCCGUUGCAGGUGUCCUCAUGAACAUCCCAGAGCCUGCCAGGACUGACGAGACUGAUUACUACUGCGUGCCAUCUGAUGCCGAUAGCAGCUCCAGUCGAGUGCUGAUGGUUUGCAGACGGUUUGGUUUUGCCGCUGGAUGCAGCAGCAGUUUGGAGCUCAGAAGUCGUUACAAUUUGCUCACUGGCAUCGCGGAGCUUGCCAUGAGUGAUGAGUCUGUUUGAAGCCUCCUGAGUAUCAGCGGUGUUCUUGGCGCUCUGGAGAAUUCAUAGACUUUCGUUUGAUGCCAAGAAAUAAUAUACUGCUUCAGUCGAGGUCGUGUGCUGUUUCAGGUCUGUUGGUCGGCAAACAUCUUCACAACCCUUCCCAUGCAGAGUCGAUGACGGGGCGUGUGUCCCGGCCAAUUCCUGUAGUUUCGGGGCGGCGGGGAAGUGGGGCAGGCUUCGUUCACCUCUGAGCAGCUGUGCAGUCGUUGAGAGUCUGGACAGGUGCUGCCCCACCCCCUUCGGUGAGAGUCCAGGCGUUGAGCGUUCCGCUGUGCGCAACAGUCGUUGAGGGUCAGACUGUAUCGACGGAAUACUUUUUUUCAGGAUCCGCCUCCCGCUCACCCCCCCUUCAGUCGUGGGGCGUGG